AUGGCAUCUCAAAUUUCUAAGAGCUAGUCAAUCAGAAUUGUCAGUCAUCAUAUGCCCGUCGUAUUUCUGGUAAUUGCAUUAUUAAGUGUGGAACUUUCACCUCUAUUAUAUAUACAACCACCUCGGUCCUGUCGUUUUGUCUCAUCACCAGAUCUUUGAGAGACUCGCCGCCUCGCGCAGACUCUUGAACGAACGAAACAUAGAACAUUUACACGCAGUUACUCAUUUGUAUCUCUUUAUCGUCUUGACAAGCAAUGACUGACCAAUUCGCUUUCUCAUACCCAUCUCCACUCGAGGGCUAUGAAAGCCUCGAACCACUGACGGAUGAAAAGGCCGAGGAUGGAAAGUCCCUUAAGAAUCCCCAGCAUGGAAUCUUAAGUAAAGCAUACGAGGAAUUCCCCGACCCUCUCGCUAAAGGUCGCCGUGGAGGUUUUGAUAUCCAUAUCUAUCACUUUCAGAACAAUCCAGACCAAGUCGCAUACGCCAGAGCUCUACAUGAAAGAAUCAGACGCGAAUUCCCUGAGCUUCGCAUUUACACCUUCUUCGACAGACCAGUAGGGCCGCAUCCGGUCGCCAUGUUCGAAGUCAACGUCUUCACACCUGCCCAGUUCGGUGCGUUUGUACCUUGGCUAGUUAUCAAUAGGGGGCCGUUGAGUGCCUUGAUCCACCCAAACACGGUCGAUUCAGAGGAAGAACGGAAUCAUACGCAACGUGCUACAUGGCUUGGAGAGAGGAUUCCGUUAGAUCUGCGGGUAUUCAAGCAGAUGAAGGAGGCGGAGAAGAAGAAAGAGCUGGAGGCUGCGCAGGGCGCUGGAAAGGUAUAGAUCGAUAUCCUCAUGUUGGUCUGUAAAUAUCGGAACAAUUCAGAGAACUGAACGGCCAGGCAAGACGACCUCACGGACACGAUAAUUGUGUUGAGCUGUCGUAGAACUGCUUGCAGGGC